UCCUUCACUGUCAGUUAGUGUGCGGUGACAGACAACCAUCGGUGAGCCGACAAUCCAGCUCCGAGUGUAAACUAUGGAAGAGAUUAACAACAUUGAAGUCACUCCGUGCACAGAGUCCGACUACCUGAAGCCGUUCAGGGUGCACUACAACCAGAAUGGCACAAAGAAAUCCUGGGACUUCAUGCGAACCCAUGAUAGUGUAUCAGUGCUGAUCUUCAACACCAGCUCACACUGUUUUGUCCUCGUCAAGCAGUUCCGUCCAGCUGUAUACAUGUGUGAGUGGGAAAGGACCAAGAUGCAGCCGCCUCAGUCUGCUGAAAAAAGUGAGGAGGGUGCCACCGAAGCUGCCGCCCCCGCCCCUGAGUCGCAGGAGGGCCAGUCGGCCUCAGAGGGGGAGAGCUCUUCUCAGUGGCCCCCGGCCUCAGCAGGGGUCACCUACGAGCUCUGCGCCGGGCUGGUGGACAAACCUGACCUAUCUCUGGAGGAGAUCGCCCGGCAGGAGGUGCUGGAGGAGUGCGGCUACGAUGUGCCUGCCUCUAAACUGAAGAGGAUUACUUCCUACAGGUCAGGCGUAGGUGUAACGGGGUCCAAGCAGACCAUGUUUUACGCCGAGGUGUCUGACGACAACUGCGUGAGCGCAGGCGGAGGUGAGCCACGGGAGGGAGAGCUUAUCGAGGUGGUCAAAGUCCCGCUGCACGAGGCCAUGACGUUUGCUUACGACGAGCGUAUACCCAAAACCAUGGGUGUCAUUUUUAGUUUCAUCUGGUUCCAUAAUAACAUGUCUCCCAAGUACAAGAUCUCCACCAAUGUGUAACUAGUAUUAAACAAACCCUCUUUAUACCAUGUAUUCCAAAUUAAAUCAAACACUGGCCCAGCACAUCCACUCCUCCCCUCAUGGCUCUUCAUCCUGUAUUGCCUUUUUUGCUUAUUGGUACAUGAUGAAAGGUGGGCCCCUUGUCUUGUUGCCAACGGGUAUCUUUAAGUUUUGUCCUGUUUACCUUUUUGAGUUUCAUGUGGUCUUAAUAUUUUUCCUAAAAACUAAUUUGCCAUAGCUGGUUGUCACUGGCACAUUUUUCUCUUCUUGAUACUUUUUUUAAAAUCUGUUGAUUUUAUUUAUUGUGCCAUCUGUUAUAAAUGGCUGCAUAUCACUGAUUUCAUUUGCCUGCCCUUGAUUAAAGGAAUACUCCACUGUUUUUAGUGUAGGCUCUUGAAUGUUACCAGCAUUUAUAAAAUACAAAAAAGUAUUUCAAACACUCCUGAUAUUGGCUGAGAAAGAGCCACUUAACACUCUGCCGACAGUCAAAUUCCAGCUUGUUUCAAGGAUUCUUAAACACCCAACAUUCAUUACAAACUCUGUGAUGCUAACCAACCAUGUGCCCUUGAUUAGCCUUGGUUUGCUAACAUUUUAGCAUGCUAAAGUAAAUAUUUUUUGGGGAUUCUUGCAGCCUGAAAUGCCUGAUUUCACAGUAGCUUUUCUAACAAAAAUUGCAAUGCAUGUUGCGAUGUUUAACGUUUAAUUUUGCGAUGAAUUGCAGAGGCAGGUAAAAUUCUAAAAAUAGUUGCGAUACUGUCUCAGAUUUAGAGCCUAUGAGCAUUCAGUGGUUCCCACAGAUCAGCUGAUGCAGCUGUCCAAUGCGGCGUUGAAGGACUGUCGUGGUGAGCUGGUCUCCUGCUCUCUCUGCCCAGCUAACACGAGCUAACAAAGCAGCAGCGGCUAACAUCCAACACCAAGCCGUAAAAGAGUCCCAGCAAUCUUAGACCAACACCAAAAUAGCUCGACUCUGUCAUUAAACCCGUCAAAAAAAACAACGUAACCAUAAUGUCAGUCAUGUGAUGCUAAUGUUAGCCCUGUCACUGUGUGUCUGUUACCCACAACCCAGGCACAGAGCUCACACUCCUGCAGCAGCAGUCUGAUGAUAAAUAGAGAGUAAGAGACAGUAGGAAAAUGGGGCAAGGAGGCGCUGAGCGACUCAAUAUGCUUUGCAGCUCUAAAAUGAGAUUUUAUGCAUUUUAAAUAUUUAAUUUGCAGUAAAUUUGCUGUGAUUGGACGAGGUUGCAAGCUGGAGCAGAAUUCAUGGGGAUUGGCUGAGAUCGCAACAUCCUGGAGGGCCUGAUAUAUGCAUUGGAGUUUAUGCAAACUUUUCUACUUGCCUGACAAAGUAUGCUAGCGUAAUUUUGCAUAAACAAUACACGUUACAUUAACAAUGGCGACAAUUUUUUGUACCCAUCAUGACUUGAACCAUUGAAGUUAUCGAGAUAAAUUAAAAAAACAGUGGAGUAUUCCUUUAAUCCAUGAUCCAGUAAUGCAAAAACUAUGCUAGUCAAUGGUGGGGCCUUGUAAUGAUUGAGGUGUGAGGUGUGUUUUAACCACCACUUGUUCAAGCAUGCCUCAGUUAAUUUCUCUGAUCCACAGCCUUUAAGCAAUACUUAUCAUAGUACCCCAGGCUAAACAAUCACUCAGUCACUGAAAGCAACUCUGCUUGAAAAUCUUCAUAAAGUCAAACCAGUGGACAUAUUAACAGACUUUUUUUCUUCUACAAAAAAGUGGAAAUGUGAGUUAGGUGUUCACAUCACAGACAAAGCAUACAUCUACCUUCCCCUGCACAGAGGGCCUAAUCUCAGUUUUAGGUGUUUUCAAGCACAAUCCUGCUCUGAGUUACAGAUACUUGUGCUGUAACAUGUCAGUGAAUAGCUUCGAUUUAGCUUUUGUUUUGAAGGAAGCCUUUUUACUCUGUUGCAUGUUUUGUUCCUGAGAUAAAGACACACUGGAAAUACAGUAGAGAAGACUGUAUAAAGGCUAAAUCCUCUAUUUUUUAUCAGUUUCAUCACGAUCAAAUUCAUCUCUAGAGAGUUCACUUUAUACCCGGCAUGUCAAGAUUACAUUUUGAACACAUUGAUGCGGGAGUCGGAGCAUAUUUAAAAUGACUUGAACCAUCUAAAAGAUUGCCUUUGGUCAUAAUCCAUUUCGGAGUGAAUCUGUGAAGUAAACUUUGGAUAGUCAUUAACACACAAAUCUAAUCUUACAAACAGUAGUUUGCCAAAAUCUCAGGUCCAAAUAGUCAAACGUUCGGUCAGGUUCAGGGUGGAUCUCUGAAUGUGACGAUGACCAGCAUUUUAUUAUAUUUCAAAAUCACUUGGAGCUUAGAGGCAGCAAGGUUCUUACUAUGUGUUAGUAUUUUUCUUCAUUCUAAAAGGGCUGGUACUUCAUAUAUUAACUAACGUGUGGAAAAGAAGAAAUUCCCCCACCUUGUAGUUUUCUUAAAAAUAUGCAAGACCUACAAAAACAAUAGUGUUUUUAGAAAAUUACUGCUCACUUAAAAAAAGACAACACAUCUCAUGAUUUAUACAGUUAGAUAACAAGAGAACUACGCCUUUGUUUGUAGUUUGGAGGGUAGAAAACAUGACAAGAUGAAGUGA